UUGAAAUGCUCUACGUGCGGGAAAAAUUACAAGAGACGAGCCUGGUACAUUAAACAUCUAAAAACACAUAAUGGGGUUGAAGCACGACAAUCGUCGGUAAGAUCUACAACAUUCACUUCGGAUAGAGUUGACCCUCAUGUAUCCCAUGGUGAACCAUUAACUGGAAACCACCAGGAGUCCAUUAACAUCAGGACACGUCUUAGCAUUCCUAAUCUAAAACAAUCGACUUGGAAAGUUCAUGACGACAACUUAGCGGUCCUGUUAGAGCAUCCGGGCUCGAAGCAGGAAUUGAACUCGCAGAAAGAACGCGGACAGCUUCUCUUGACCAACGAUCAAAUUUACGACCAUUUUAAGAGCACAUACGAAGUGCCUAAAAGUUUAAGACGGUAUAGGGAUCCAAACGAUCAAAAACCUGAAUUUCCUCGAAUCGAAUUCCACGGCAUUCCACCAACGCUAGAGGAACUAAGUAGUCAGAUCAAGAGGAAGUCGUCUAAAUCUGCACCGGGACCCGAUGGUAUCCCAUAUAUAGUCUUUAAAAAAUGUGCAUCGGUUCGUAAACACCUCCUAAAUAUAUACGGUAAAAUCUGGUCAGGGAAGCAAAUCCCGGAGUGCUUCGGGAAAGCAAUUUUUGUCCUCAUUCCCAAAAAAGAUCGAGUUACUGAUCCGAAAGAUACUAGACCGAUAGCUUUAACAAAUACUAUAUCGAAAAUCUUUUUCUCGGUUCUACAAACGAGAAUGACGCGAUUCAUGCUCAGCAACAACUACUUUAGGCCAAAUCACCAGAAAGGGUUUUUACCCGGGGUUUCUGGAUGCUUAGAACACAACACCUUGCUGUCGGAGAGUUUAAAAGAUGCUAGAAAAAGCGAGCGGCAAAUCACGGUUUGUUGGAUAGACUUGGAGAACGCGUUCGGGUCGAUACAACACGAAUUGAUGCUAUUCGCGCUUAGAUGGUACAACUUUCCACCCCUAGUUAGAGAUAUGAUCGCGUCGUAUUACUCAAAAUUAAGGUUUUCUAUAAUAACUAAAGAAGGCCCUUCAAAAAGUUUGAGUUAUAAUGUAGGACUGUUUCAAGGUUGUUGUCUAUCUCCAAUUGCGUUUAAUAUCGUAAUUAACAUCUUAGUAGACAAAUUAAUCUGUAACGAGAAAAAAUGGGGUUAUCGGUUUAAGUUUAAUAAUAAAUACACGGAAUCCAUUUUAGCCUUCGCUGACGAUCUCGCAAUACUGACACGUAACCCCAAACACUGUCAGGUACUAUUGGAUGAAGUGGAUAAAUUCUGUGAGUGGACGGAUGGAUUGAGGACAAAACCCAGUAAAUGUCACUGUCUGUGUCUUGGUAGGCGGAAUACAAGAUACACCUCAUACGAUCCGGGACUAUCGUUAGGCGGUCAAUGCAUUUCUACGGUUACGGAAAAUGCACCAUUUAAAUUUCUCGGUCGUAAGAUAGAUAAUAUAGGCCGUACUCCAUCUUUAGAAGGAAUAGUAGAUAGCUUUUUGAACGAUCUUAACAAGUUAGAUGCAGGCGUCAUAAAGAUGUUGAAGUUGUGGCUCGGGCUCGCUCUAACGGCUGAUUCAUCGGCGUUAUUUAGGGGAAGUAAUAGUUUUGGGAUGAGUCUAAAAAGGCCAUCGGAGCUCUAUAAACACCUAAGAGUUUCCAAGAGAUAUAUCCUGGGGAAAUCCCAUGAUGACAUAGUGACAUCGCUCCCAAAAGAUGAAGAUGCCCCCGAGCUAGAGUCACGACUUCAAUUCCAUAAGCAAUUUAUGAUAGGAGCGCAAAGUAACAGAGCGGGGUUAGGAUCAAAUAGGAAAGUCCAAGAUGCGGAUAUAUUGAAGUCUUUUAUUCGGCAAGACGAGAAUGAUAAAUAUAAGAUCCAUGCAAUGAAUUUAGAAAUGCAGAACGAGUGGUUAGACAUAGGAGAUUUUUGCAUCCCGUUAGCAUUAAAAUGGCGCACUUUAAUUUAUGAUUGGUCGCCAGCAUUGCUAAAAUUCUAUCUCAAUGCGUUCCAGAUGACUCUCCCAGAUCAGAGUAAUUUAGUAAGAUGGGGUAAAAGUACCGAAAAAACUUGCUAUAUCUGUGGAAAGGCAGUUGGAACUGCUAAGCAUCUGCUGGUGGGAUGUAAGGUACUCCUUGACAGCGGUCAAUACUCGCGUCGUCACGAUAGGGUUCUAGAAGUCAUACGUGAAGCGGUUAGUCUUUCGGUAGCCAGAGCGCAAAAGGGAAUAACCACAAACGAACGAUCAGUAGGUUUUGUGAAAGAAGGCACUAGGGCUACAAAAUCAAACGUCAAGCCUUACUCCAUCCUUAAAGCGGCGUCGGAUUGGACUAUAAUGAUGGACACGUAUGAAAAACAAUAUAAAAUCCCCGAGGAUAUUUGUGCGUCGGCCUCCAGACCGGAUAUAUUUUUGUUUUCGCGAAUUUUAAAGCGCGUAGUGAUGAUAGAGCUUACGGUCCCUUGGGAAACCAACAUCCCCAAAGACCAUACCAUCAAGGUCAACAAAUAUUACGAGCUCACAAACGAACUCACUCGAAAUAGGUUCGUAGUAGAUUUGUACGCGGUAGAGGUGGGAGCGAGAGGUAUAACAGCGAAAUCUCUCUAUAACCUACUAAAGGACUUGGGCUUGUCCAGAACUCACAUUAAUGCAUUCUUGGAACGUACAUCGAAGGCAGCCCUAGUAGGUUCUUUUCAAAUUUGGUUAGGUAGGGAGAGGAGCUUGGACAGUGGAGGUGAGCGUAUAACGCGCGUUAGUUAA